UCGAGUGGAUCAGUGCGUUUCGGAAAUCUUCGCCAGCAAUGUCACGAAUCGAAGCUCUAGUUCCUAUAUUAAUCCUGGUAUUGGCCGCAGCAGGAGUUCUUGGGAAGAACUGUGGCAACUCCCGGAACAAAGAAUGUGUGCCGCGAAUUUUGUGCGACAACGGAUCAGUCAUCAGGGAUGGACGUGCACUGUUCUCAUAUCGAUCGUUGUUGGCAGGCAAUGAGGGCUGCGAUACCACCGAUAUCUGCUGCUCCAUCACAAAUAAGGUUUCUACCCCCAUAGUCGACUUAGAGGUGGCCGCUCCAACCGAAUGUGGACACCGAAACGAAAAUGGUCUGCACUACACUAUGACCGAGGCAGCAGAUGUGGCCCAGAUGGGUGAAUUUCCCUGGAUGGUGGCUCUGCUACUCAAGUCGGAUGAAUCAUAUAUUGGUGCUGGAACAUUGAUUGGAUCUGACGUAGUCCUUACGGCCGCCCAUGUCGUGGCGAAUUUCCAACCAGGACAGCUUCUCGUCAGGGCUGGUGAGUGGGACUUUAAAAUUGAGACUGAAUUGCACCGGCAUGUGAAUGUCGAUGUUCGGCUCAUCGAAUGCCAUCCGGACUUCAAAACAUCGACUGGAGGGAGCAAUCUGGCACUGCUCUUCCUGAGUAAGAAACUAAGGACACAGAUCCACAUCUGUCCCGCGUGUCUGCCAAGAGCGGACAGGAGUUUCGACCACAGCAGAUGCUUUGUCAGCGGCUGGGGCAAGAAGACGUUUGAAUCCGACUCCUACAUGAACAUAUUGAAGAAAGUUGAGGUGCCCGUGGUGGGUCGUGAACUGUGCCAACAACAACUGAGACGAUCUAUCCUGGGACCCUACUUUACGAUCGACUCCAGCUUAAUUUGCGCAGGCGGCGAACGGGGCAAGGACGCGUGUACGGGCGAUGGCGGAGCCGCAUUGGUCUGUCCUCUGGCCAACGAUAAAAACCGCUAUGAACAGGCUGGCAUCGUCAAUUGGGGCGUUGGCUGUGGAGUGGAGAACAUUCCGGCUAUCUAUACAAAUGUCGCCCUCUUCCGUGAAUGGAUUGAUAUGAAAAUUGCGGAAAAAUCGAUUUCCAGCGGUAAUUUUGAUACCGCUUCUACGGUUUCACUCGGCACCGGUUCUGAAGGUAAACCCGUAAUAUUUGAAAGUACUAGAGGAUCUAUCUCUAGUUCGGCCACAACUAGUCGUGUUGAAUCAACAGGUAGCGGCGUUAUCGGUGGUAUCGGCGGUAUUUGCGGAAGCGGCGGAAUCGGCGGAAUCGGCGGAAUCGGCGGUAUCGGCAGUAUCGGCUCUUCUUCACACGGUGAUAUGAAUAACCUAUCGAACAACUCUAAAGAGCCAGCAAUGAUUCCCAUCUAAAACGGUCUGUACACUUAAUGAUGCAUUGUUAACUAUAUAGUGGGAAGUUUGUGAAUAAAAACAUUGGUUCCCUCAUUCGUAA